UGUAGUCGAAAAAGGUAACAAUAAUAGACAGAUAGAAGUAGCGAAUGUGAUAGAGAAAACAAAACGCGUAAAAACUCAAAACAGAACAAACAAAUUCGAGCGAAAUGGCCGAAUUUUCAGUAGAGCGCGUCGAAGACAAACGUACCGUUAAUGGACGAACAGAAUACUAUCUAAAGUGGAAGGGUUAUCCACGCAGUGAAAACACUUGGGAGCCGGUGGAAAAUCUCGAUUGUCCAGAUUUGAUUGCCGCAUUCGAAGAAUCGCUGAAGAACAAUAAAAAAGAGACUAAAAAAAGGUUAUCGACAUCGUCCACACCAGAGUCAAUACGCAGCAAGCGUAAAUCCUUUAUGGAGGACGACGGCGGUGACGAGCAAAAGAAACUUAUUGGCUUCGAUCGGGGACUGGAGCCAUCGAAAAUCUUAGGUGCCACAGACUCAUCGGGAGCUCUUAUGUUUCUAAUGAAAUGGAAGGGCAGUGAUCAUGCCGACUUAGUGCCUGCCAAAGUGGCCAACGUCCGCUGUCCCCAGGUUGUUAUACAAUUCUACGAGGAGCGUCUAACCUGGCAUACAGGCAAUGGCAAUGGAACUGGAGGCGAUGAGAAUGGUGUGGGCAGUAGUGGAUGCGUUGGUGGCAGUUCCGGUGGUGGCCCAGUUGGCACACCCAAUAGCUCAGGCAGUGGCAGUAAUGCCGUGAGAAGUCCCAGCAGCGGCACCGGCAGCAUCAAUGACGAGAACGCGAAACCCGAACCCGGCAGUAAUAAUAGCAACGGCGAAGCCGCGGCUUAAAUCUGCACAUUUUGCAAAAAUUAAAACCGGACGCCAGAAAAUAUUGGAUAUACAUACAUAGUAUAGCAACAUAACUAGCGCCUUCCACAAUUGUGCAGACCUUGCAUUCAUAUACACAGACCACAUACAUACAUACAUACAUCCAUUAUUAAUGCCAGAAUAAGAAAAACAAUAGCAUUAAGUACACGCUCACACAUACAUAUGUACACACAUCCAUACAUAUGCAAACAAACAUAAAAAGUCUUCAUUGUAUCCUACCAAUAGGAGGAACAUUAUGUAUGGACAUUUAGUUUUACUAUUUUUCCUUAAUUUAAUUGUAAAGUACAAUUAAAAUUUUAAUACAAUAAACGAAUCAUGUACGACAAAA